CUACAGGAAACGGUAGAGCAUGUUUUUUUAUACUGUCCUAGAUAUCAACAAAAGAGACAGAUACUUGAAUUUGCACUCCAAAGGAAUUAUUUUCCCUUGAUGUAGGAUACAGGGCUAUUUUCAGAUUUUCAGAAAACACAGGAAUUAUUAGGAGAGUUUUAUAAUAGUCACAUCUAUUCUCCAAUCCAGAAGACGGCGGUAAGGCACCUAAAAGCUAAGAAGAAGACGAAAAGGAAGAAGAAGAAGAAAAAGAAGCAGAAGAAGAAGAAGAAGAAGAAGAAGAAGAAGAAGAAGAAAUAGUAGAAGAAGAAGAAGUACCGUAGUCCGGACGCCUGGCUCGUCAUUAAGACGAAAACUACUUCCGGGUCAAGAAACUACGCUGGUGCCCACGUGAACUAUCAAAGUGUACAAAAAUCUGAUGAGGACGUGAUCUUUAUUUCCACAAAGACUGCACAUAAAUCCCAAGAGAUUACUAUUGACCAUGUAGUGAUUUGCCAAAUCACACUGUUUAUCCUCUGAACUCUAAUAAUAUGUGCUAACCAGUUAACACUGCCAGGCAGAAGGGUAAUCCAGGGCUAAAAGCCUUGUUGUAGGACAAAUUACACAUGCACCCAGUGUUUUUGAUACAUAUCCAUAACCAAAUUCAAUUUGCCACAAUUCUUUGUUGCCGGAAAGCAAAGCAACUAGACCUGCAAAGAGACAUUGAUCAAGAGUCCCUUCCCACUCAGCCAGUCAAACCCUGGACAAGCCAGAGGUCUGUUGUGGUGGAGAAGCCAGUGAAAAUGACGAUGGAGGAAGACAAGAGAGAGGAGAAUCAUAUAAAGAAGAAGAAACACAAGAAAGGACAAGCUGCUGUGCCUGAAAACGAAAACUGUACUGUUGAUGAUGGGAGCCUAGCAGAGGUGAAAAAAGAAAAGAAGAAAAGAAAAACAGUUGAGACAGUAGUUACAGAUGAGGAGCUGUUGGAUGGAGGCAGUGAAAAGAAGGAGAAGAAGAAAAAGAAGAGGAAAAUUGUUAAUGAAUCAGUGAAUGAUGCCAAUGGUUCUGAUGUCAUGGAGUCAGCACAAGAUGAAGGAGUCAGCAAAAAGAAGAAGAAGAAGAAGAAGCAGCAGCAGCAGCUGGCUGAUGAUAUGAAUCAAGUAGAAAUUGCACAGAGUUUAGUCAAAGAAGAAAUUAAAAAGAAACAAAGGAAAGAGAAGAAAGUAAAAAAUAAGAGUGUACAAAUUAAUACUGAAAAUGUAAAGAUGGAGGAAGAAGAGGAAGAAGAAGAACAGCAAGCUGUAAAGGAUAAAGUACCAAAGAAAGCCAAGAAGGCAAAAAACAAUAUUUUAGCUGUAAACACAGAGGUGACUGAGGAGCAAAGUAAAGAAAAGAAAAAGAAGACAAAGAAAUCCAUUGUGGAAGAAACAAUUGUAGAUAUAGAUGGGAUAACUAAAACCAAAAAGAAACUUAAGGUGGGUGAGAAUGGAGUGAAGUUAGAAACACCAGAGGGUGAAACUGAGGUUGAGGAGGUAAAAAUGAAAAAGAAGACAAAGAAAGAGGUGAAAAGUAAAGAAGAAAAUGGAGUAGAAACAUUUGAGGACAAAGAAAACAACAAAAGGAGCAAAGCAGCUUCAAGCAAAAAGUUGAACAAGGACAAUAUGCAGAAAGAGAGUGAGAUUGUUAUCACAGAGGAAGGAAAGACGGAGCAAAGGAAAAAAGGAAAAAAAGAAAAGGGUAGAAAAGCUUCAGUGGAGGUCAGCGAGGUAGAGGAGACAGAGCCAAAGAAAAAGAAGAGGAAAAAGGAAAGCCCACAAAGAGAGGAUGAGCCAUUAUUAAUGAAAUGUGAAGAAAAUGAUGAGGAUGGGCAAAGUAGGGAAACAGUGGCAGGUGACACAACCAGCAAGAAAAGCAAAAAGAAGAGCAGCUCUGUCCAGGUGACACAGGUGGAGAAUGACGAUGGAGUUGAAAGAGGUGCAAAGAAGAAAAAGAGAAAGAUCAAAGAAGAGGUGGAAGACCAGCAGGAGUCUCCCCAAGUGGACGUGGUGUUUCUGUCAGAGAAGAGUGGAAACACUGAUGAGAUCAACAUCAACCAGGAGAGAAGACAGGCUCUACAACUGGAGAUUGACAAGGCCUCCCAACCUGAAAAAUCAGCCAAACCUCUGGGUUUGGGUCAGUGGAGCACCGCCCAGUUCGACAGCUCUCAACAGCAGCAGAAGUUCUUACGCUUGAUGGGCGGCUUCAAAAAGGGUUUCCAGCCGGCUGAAGCAGGCGCCGGACAAGCAAAUAUGGCAAUGGGGAAAAACGCACAGCAGCAGUUACAGCAAGGGCUUAUGGGAGAGUUCGAGCGCGCUCACUCGCGCAGAAUGGACUUCAGUAACAGGGGGGCAGGUCUUGGGUUUUCUGCACCAUCCAAUAAGAAGUUCUCUAUCGACAUUAAUGCAAGUCGAUCUGUCCGCUUUGACAAUUGAUCAGUGUGAUCAAUGGGUUUUUUUUUGUAUGUGUAGUUUUAACUGUUGAGUCAUUCACUGAGCUUUUUGCUCAGCUUCACUGAAAGAACUUGUAUAUAAAGCUAAUAAUGAACACACAAUACAAAAGCUCUUUGUACAUAUUGUGUAUUAAACAACAUCCUGCUUGA